CUAUGAUUGUGCACGCUGCUGCAGUGUUAGUAAGACGUCGUUAUGUUAAGUUCCAUAAGCGUGUUGGUACAGAUGGGAAUUAUAAUUUAGAUCCACAUUUUGCAUUUGCAACGUAAUAUGUCUCCUUUGCAGCAGGGAACCAGUUAGGAGUAAGAUACGUGCCUUACCAACGUAUCCCAGAGAAUGCAAACUAUGGUAAACCUUGGAACUUGGGUAGGAUUUUAAAAAAUACUGAAGUCAGAAGUUCCAUUCGUCAACCUUAUUCUACCUCGACGUUGAAUAUAGCCUAAGCAAGGAUUCGUCAGUCUCCGACCGACGCAGCCAACAACAGGAGGGGAAAGUGCAAUAUGAAGAAAGCCGAGCGCACUACAGUACGCCAUCAACUCCUGCUCGGGAUUCUGGUGGUGGUGCUGGCCUUGGCUCCAGUCCUAUCGAGUGCAAGGAAGUCUGUCCACCAGGCGUCGCCUUUCUGCUCUCUGCUCUCCGAGGAGACUCUGUCGUGCGACUUCGAGCAAAUAGAGGAGCACGUGCAGUUCGACAAACUGGACAGCGAAGUUGGAAGGAAGAUCAAGACGGUCUAUCUCAAAAACAUCGAGCAGCUGUCAGUGUCGGGCACCCCUUGCGUCAACCUGCACUUGGAUGGCAUCACGGAGGCCACAUUCAUCCUCGCCCACACUUGUCAAAACAAAGGCGACGUUUCUAUGACAGUAGCCAACUCCAAGGUUAACAUUGUGCCGAAAUAUGUCACCCACCUACACAUGGAAUCUUCCACCGCGGAUUGGCUCACCGGAGACAAAGGAUUCAAAGCUCUGUCUGUGGUCAACUCCCGUAUCAAAACGCUGAACAUCGACAAGGCCGUCGACGAGCCCAUCACUGUCAAGUUCGAGGGAGUCACUAUCGACGUCUUCGAGGAGCUGAAACUCGAAAAUAAAGCCAACCUUAUUUUGCUCAACACAACCAUCAACAAAUUCAAGUCGAACAGCUUGCAAAUAGCAGAUGCGCAAGUUACCAUCAGCAACUGCUACAUCAAAUCUGCCGAGGAAAAGGCGAUCAAACUGGAAGAGAAGGGCUUACUGACUAUGAAGGAGAAUGUUGGUACUAUCACCUUCUCAGGCCCCGCAGGGCUACCUCCCAAGAAAGAGGAACUUCGCGUCCCUGGAGUGCCCCCUCCCAAUAUGAAGCCUCGACCUCCAAGGGACUCUUCUUCUCCGUUGAUUUGGAUCAUCCCAACUGUCUUGGCGGUAGUGGAGGCCAUGAUUAUCAUGAUUAACUGCACGAACUGGUUUCCCGCGCUCAAGAGCAGACGACAUCGAAGAUCGUCGUCGAGCCAAGGGCUCUCGGGGUCGGAGUAUGGCAUGAUGCCGGACUCCGUGUACUACGCCACUGGCGAUUACGGCUCGAUAAAUAAGAGGAGGGCUGGCAUGGAAUCCUGAUUUUCAAGCAUUCUGUCACUACAUAUCUUAAUUUAGGGUUGCUCUCAUUUGAGGCUGAUAUUUCUGAAAAGUGUGCUUACAGUAAUGCCUAAGUUUUUUUUCUAAAAGUGUGACUUUAGGUGCAAUAAAACUUUUUUUCCUUUUGUAAAGAAAACGAACAAAAACUGGUUCUGUGUUGGAACUAAAUCAUUUUCAUCUGGU